AUGGAUAUAGGAAAUCAGUCUUUGGUGACUGCGUUUAUCCUUGAAGGGUUGACAGACCAACCAGGACUCCAGAUUCCUCUCUUCAUCCUCUUUAUAUUGAUCUACACCAUCUCCAUGACAGGAAACUUGGGUCUGGUGUUUUUAAUCAGGAUCAGUUCUCAGCUUCACACCCCCAUGUAUUAUUUUCUGAGUAACUUGUCCUUCAUAGAUCUUUGCUACUCCUCUGUCAUAAUUCCCAAGAUGCUGGUGAACUUCAUAUCAGAGAAGAAUGUUACCAUCUUUCCUGAGUGCAUGACCCAGCUCUUUUUCUUUGCCUUCUUUGGGAUUGAUGACUCCUACAUGCUGACAGCCAUGGCAUAUGAUCGUUAUGUUGCCAUAUGUAGCCCUUUGCUCUAUAAUGUCACCAUGUCCCACAGAGUCUGUUUCUUGUUGGUCACUGGUGUGUACAUAAUGGGGGCUUUUGGUGCCUUGGUUCAUACCAGCUACAUAUCUAGUCGCUCGUUCUGUGGAACUAAUGUCAUCCACCAUUACUUCUGUGACAUCCUGCCUCUUCUGAAUAUAUCUUGCUCAAGAGACUACACCAAAGAACUUCUGGUCAUGAUGCUGGUUUCAUUCAAUGUGUUUGCAUGUGCACUGGCCAUCUUCAUCUCCUAUGCCUUCAUCCUUGCCAGCAUUUUGCGCAUCCGUUCAGCAGAAGGCAGGUCCAAAGCUUUCAGUACCUGCAGCUCCCACCUGGCAGCAGUUGGGGUCUUCUACGGUUCCAUCAUCUUCAUGUAUUUUAAACCAUCUACUGGUGACACAACCCAGGAGAAGGUGGCCUCUGUAUUUUAUACUACAGUGAUUCCCAUGCUGAACCCCAUAAUCUAUAGCCUCAGGAACAAGGAUGUCAAAGAAUCUCUGAAGAAGGUUCUUAAUAGUGGAAUUCUUUCCAGGUCUGUAUAG